AUGCGGAUGGACCGGAGGCUCUGCAAGGCGGAUGGGGGUGUGGUUGAGGGCACAUCCUGCCAGCACUGGGAUCACCCAGCACCACCGCUGGAAGCUGGGCCUGCUUGGGGCUCAAGCAGACUGUGGUCUGGUGGGAGCUGCUGGGGUGGACUUCAGGUUGGGCCUGGGUCCGCUCAGGACCUGCUGGAGCUCUGGCAGGCCGCUCUAAGCACGCUCAACCCCAACCCCACGGACAGCUGCCCCCUGUACCUGAACUAUGCCACCGUGGCCGCCCUGCCCUCCAGGGUGAGCCGGCACAACAGCCCCUCGGCUGCCCACUUCGUCACCCGACUCGUGCGCACCUGCCUGCCGCCCGGAACCCAUCGGUGCAUUCUGAUGGUCUGCGAGCGGUCGGACGCCUUUGCCUCUGCCUGCGCCCUGGCCCGAGCCUUCCCGCUCUUCACCCACCGCUCUGGUGCUUCGCGGCGCACGGAGAAGAAGACGGUGACGGUGGAGUUUUUCCUGGUGGGACAAGACAACGGGCCAGUGGAGGUGUCCACUUUGCAAUGUUUGGCAAGUGCCACGGAAGGCGUGCGGCUGGCUGCCCGUAUCGUGGACACUCCGUGCAAUGAGAUGAACACAGACACCUUCCUCGAGGAGAUUAAGAAAGUUGGAAAAGAUCUGGGGAUCACCCCAACGAUCAUCCGAGAUGAGGAGCUAAAGACAAGAGGAUUUGGAGGAAUCUAUGGUGUUGGCAAAGCUGCUCUCCACCCCCCUGCACUGGCUGUCCUCAGCCACACCCCAGAAGGAGCCACGCAGACCAUUGCCUGGGUGGGCAAAGGGAUCGUCUAUGACACCGGGGGUCUCAGCAUCAAAGGGAAGACCACCAUGCCUGGGAUGAAGAGGGACUGCGGGGGUGCCGCGGCCGUCCUGGGGGCCUUCAGAGCUGCCAUCAAGCAGGGUUUCAGAGACAACCUCCACGCUGUGUUCUGCUUGGCUGAGAACUCUGUGGGUCCCAACGCUACGAGGCCAGACGACAUCCACCUGCUAUACUCAGGAAAGACUGUGGAAAUCAACAACACUGAUGCAGAGGGCAGGCUGGUGCUGGCAGACGGUGUGUCCUACGCCUGCAAGGACCUGGGUGCGGACAUCAUCCUGGACAUGGCCACUCUGACCGGAGCUCAGGGCAUUGCCACGGGAAAGUACCAUGCCGCCGUGCUCACCAACAGCGCGGAGUGGGAGGCGGCGUGCGUGAAGGCCGGGAGGAGGUGCGGGGACCUGGUGCACCCCCUGGUCUACUGCCCCGAGCUGCACUUCAGCGAGUUCACCUCGGCCGUGGCCGACAUGAAGAACUCCGUGGCGGACAGGGACAACAGCCCCAGCUCCUGUGCUGGCCUUUUCAUCGCCUCACACAUCGGCUUCGACUGGCCCGGGGUCUGGGUCCACCUGGACAUCGCUGCCCCGGUGCACGCCGGUGAGCGCGCCACGGGCUUUGGCGUGGCCCUCCUGCUGGCGCUCUUCGGCCGGGCCUCCGAGGACCCUCUGCUGAACCUGGUGUCCCCACUGGGCUGCGAGGCGGACGUGCAGGAGGGGCACGUGGAGAGGGACUCCAAGAGGCGCAGGCUCGUGUGAGGCCGGCCCCUCCCCGGCCCCAUGACACAAGGCUCUUUACCUCACUUUGCACUGAUUAAUUUUAAGCAAUCGGAAGAUUAUACCUUAAGAUAGGC